AUGGUCUCGCCAACUUCUUCAACUUCACAUACUGACCAUGAAAAGAAUUUGACUACUUCUGUAGUUGAGCGUAUCCCAACUAAUGAGGUAGAGAAAAGUACAUCAGAGUUAACUGAAGAACACAAACAAUAUUUGAUUGCCAAACAUGGAACUUAUGAAUUGGAUCCUAUCCCAUCAAUGAAUGAUGAUGAUCCAUUGAAUUGGUCAAAAGUAACGAAAUAUACGCAAGUGGGAAUGAUUUCUUUCCAUGCGUUUGUGUCAACUUUUUGUGCUUCUGGUUUAGUUCCAACGCUAGGUGUUUUAUCCGCUCAAUUUGGUAUCACUACUGCUACGGCAAGUUAUUUGGUCGGUGUUCAAAUUUUAUUGAUUGGUGUUUUCCCGUUGUUUUGGGUGCCAUUUAUGCAGAAAUACGGAAAGAGACAAUUGAUGAUCGUUUCCGCAUUGGGUGCUUGUUUCUUCAACUUGGGAGGUGCUUAUAGUAACAGCUAUGGUGUGAUGAUGGCCAUGAGAAGUUUACAAGCUGUUUUUAUUUCCCCAGGUUUGGCCGUUGGUGGUGCCGUUGUUAAUGAAUUAACUUUUAGUCAUCAAAGAGGUGUUAUGAGCGGUGUCUGGUCUAUAGCUGUCAACUUGGGUACCAUGGCUGGUGCUUUGUUUAUGGGUUUUGUUGCUGAGCGUGAGCCUGUUCGUGUUGUUUUCUUUGUCUUUCUUGCUAUCAAUGCCUUUCAAGUUGUUGCAUACCUUUUGUUUGGUAAAGAAACUUUAUUCAACUAUAAUGACUUAUCCAGGAACGAAACAAAUAGAUUCAAACAAUUGGUUAGUUUUAAAGCUAUUAUUCCAGAAUUCAAGCUUGACCUAAAAACCAUUGUCAACCCAUUCACCUAUUUUGGUCACUGGAGAAUCUUUGCUGCUACUUUGGCUUAUGCUGUUUGUUUCGCCUUUGACAAUAUCGCUACAAAUGUUGAAAUUCCCGAAGUUAUGUAUGUUAAAUUCGGUAUGGGUCCACAAGCUUUAGGUUUGCAGUUCCUUGGUUUGUUGAUUGGUACUAUUAUUGGUGAAGUUGGUGGUUAUGCGUCAGAUAAAUUUCAAGCUUAUGGAGCAAGAAACAAUAAAGGUAACUCCUUUAGACUUUGGGUUACUUACCCAGGUUUCGCAACUUCUGUUAUUGGUAUCAUUGUUUUCGGUUACCAGAUAGAUGCAAUUGUCGAAUAUAACAUUACCCCAUUAGUAGGUUUGGCAAUUUGUGCUUUUGGUUUACAGAUUAUCACUGCACCAUUGAUUUCCUACUGUAUCACUGUCAACCCAGUCAUGGCAAGUGAUAUUAUUUUGUUCAUUUCCUUCGUUAGACAGAUAUUAGCUUUUGUUGCCACAUUUUUCCUUCCAGUUAUGUUUGCUACAAUGGGAUUCACAAUGGCUUACAGUCUCAUGGCUAUCUUAAUGGCUGCUACAGCUUUCGUCCCAGUCCUUAUCUUGCACAUUGUUGAAUCAAGAAAGGGUAGAUAA